CUCCCUCCGCGCCCUCCUGCUUCGGGCGGCCUCCCCGGCGCCGGGCCCCCAGCCGCCGGGCCACCAUGUCCAGGCCUGUCAGGAACAGGAAGGUGGUCGAUUACUCACAGUUUCAGGAAUCGGAUGAUGCUGAUGAAGAUUAUGGAAGAGAUUCAGGUCCCCCAUCCAAGAAAAUCCGUUCAUCUCCUCGGGAGGCUAAAAAUAAGAGGCGAUCUGGGAAGAAUUCUCAGGAGGACAGUGAGGACUCGGAAGAAAAAGAUGUGAAGACAAAGAAGGAUGACUCACAAUCAGCAGAUGAAGAUUUUGGCAGUGAAGAUGAUGACUUAGGAGCAGAUGAUGGCAAAGCUGACAGUGACUAUGAGAGCUCUCAAAAAAGCAAAAAAGGAAAAAAAGUUAAACCAGAUAAGAAUAAGAGAGCCUCCAAAUCCAGGAAAAGGCCAGCAGAGGACAGCGAGGAUGAGAAAGAAGACCACAAAAAUGUGCGUCAGCAGCGACAGGCAGCGUCCAAAGCAGCUUCCAAACAACGAGAGAUGCUUAUGGAUGAUGUGGGGAGUGAGGAGGAGGAACAGGAGGAUGAUGAGGCACAGUUCCAGGAAAAUUCGGGAAGUGAUGAAGACUUCCUCAUGGAAGACGAUGAUGAUAGUGACUAUGGCAGUUCAAAAAAGAAAAACAAAAAGGUGUCCAAGAAGUCCAAACCAGAAAGGAAAGAAAAGAAAAUGCCAAAGCCCAGGCUAAAGGCUACAGUGACCCCCAGUCCAGUGAAAGGCAAAGGCAAAGCAGGCCGCCCUACAGCUUCCAAGGCAACGAAAGAAAAGACCCCAUCCCCCAAAGAAGAGGAUGAAGAGCCCGAAAGCCCCCCGGAAAAGAAAAAAGCAGCCAGCCCUCCGCCAGAGAAGUCAGGGGACGAGGGCUCUGAAGAUGAAGCACCCUCUGGGGAAGAUUAGAUGGCAGUUGAAGAAAUCUUUGUUUAAAAAAAAAAAAAGAAAAAGAAAAAAAAGAAAAAAAAAAAAAGGAAAAGAAAACAUACUUAGGGGUAGAACACGGUUUUGGCUGUGGCUUGACUCAUGGGCUUUGAAUGCUGUCUUUACUUUCAGCUGUUUAAUACAGUGUAUCCUUUUUUUAAUAAGAGGAAACCCUUAUACAGUAAUAUUAUGAAGUCACUGUUCUCUGUUGGCCAUUCCGUUCUCCCUCCCCCACCAAAUCUGAAAGCCAUUUAAGACAAAUUAACAGACCGGUUAAAUAUAUAUUUUUUUCAAGGGGUACUGCAGUUGUGAAGCAAUAAGGUUUGAGACUGAUACGUGGAAACCAUAUUUACAAAUUGUUAAGUAGAAUAGAUUUGCCAGUGGUGGUAAGAAUUCCUUAAAACUAUUAUUCCUUAUCUGAAUAUGGGGAGAAAAAUGAACCUGUGCUUUAACAGAUUUUUGUUCAUACAAGUUUAUUCUCAGAAAAAUGUAGUUACUAUGAAUUGAGGAGGAGGAAACAUGGGGAGCAACCCUAUGUUUCUUUAGUUAAUAUGAUUUUUUUCAUGGAAAACAUGCAGGAAACUUGUAGGUGGGCCACUCUAUUUAGAAAAGACUGUCCAACUAGGGUGGAAGAUCUUUUUGUCUUUGGAUAGAUUACCAUUCCAAUUUUAAGCCAAUUACAGUUCAUCCUAUACACUUUCACAUGUACAGUCUGCCAGCUGCUCAUAUCCAUCACUUCUAUUUUAUUUCUUGGAAGCUUGGCUGUAGAUGGGCAGAGUAGGGAAGAGAAAUUGAAAACAUUUCAAAAUUCUGGUUUCCAUUUGGUGUUACAGGGAUUUUCUUUGAAGAUGUUUUGAGGAGCAACUUCAAUAGAUAGCCCAGAGCUAAAUCCUGGAGCCUUUGGGGCGAGGGAUGUCCUUUUAUCCGUUUGGAGCAGAGGAUUCCUGUAAUGCUCUGGUCGGUCUCGGAUGCCACGAGUUACGCUCUAGUGUUUCUCUUCUCUCCCUCUGCCUGUGCUCAGAAAGGGUCUGUGCUCGGUACCGCUCACGUUCUCCAGCUGCAGUGUUGGACAGCAGAUUGCCCUCGGUGGUAAUGUUACCCGGUACCACUUCCAUUUCUUCCUCCUUCCUCCCCGUAGCGCGGGGGGCUCUGCUCAUCCUGCCCCACGUCGGCAUGUCCGCGUCUCUCUGGUCAUUGUUCUGCUCCCUAAGCCUGAAAAGGGCUGCAAAGGGAACAGUAUUAUAUGGAUGAAGCUGGGAGGAAACGAGGUUUGGAACAAGUAGGACAGGGCUAGAGUUUCGUAACAAAAGCAGGACGUCCCUCUGAAUGCAAGAUACUUCACAUUGUGCAGUGGCGUUUUAUGUGUUUUUUAUCAAAGCAGCCAUAUCCUUUUUUUAAAAAACAUCAAAUACCCAUGCUUUGGUUUUCAAACCUUAAUGCAGAGGUUGCUGCCAUGUUUGUUGGUGGAAAUAUUAAAAACUGGACCUGCCAUUUUCCUUUCUUUUUUUCCCGAAACCCUUUUGCUGUCUGUACGUUGCUCACAGUUAUCUCAUAGUUGACAAGCUUUGCGUCUUUUUUUUUUUCCCACCCCCCUCCUUGUCACUGAACUACAUGUGCUUUGUAACCAGCCUCUCGAAGGUAACAUAAGGCAGCUAAUUAGUUGGAUUUCUGGUGCACUUGCUACCAGAUUUUUAAUCCUGUUUGGAUUUUAAAGAGCUUUUAGAUGUGAUGAUACACUAAUACAAGCGGGAAGGAUGCUUGGCUGAACAGCAUAGGGAGCCUGAAGAUACUGAGCGCAGUGUGAAGCCCAAACAUGCAGUGAAAUAUUAAUAACAGCCAAGUGAAUGUCUUGUGUGAUUCAUAGCCGUGGAUUUUACAGAGGCUGGUAAAUACCUUAUCUUGGCUUAUACAGAUUUUUAAGUUCUCUAACAUUCUUUACUAUGAAAUUACUGUUGCCGUUACAAUAAAGAUGAUCGGUGUUUCCAUUGUAAAUUUUAUUUUUUAAGCGGUUGAAUUUUGCAGAACAGCUUAAAGCUGAAGUACAAGUCUUGAACAAGAAGUGAAUGUAAUCCCUGCUCCCUUCCACCUCUUCCCAACUUCCACACGUCCGGGAAAGCAGAGUCUUGCCUUUCCUGCACUCUCAGUCCUGCGCUUCUUGGGUGAUACGGGAAAAGCAAUGGCCAAACUUUGAAUAAUGUUUGGACUGAUUUGGGGAGGGGGGCACCAUAAACUUUCCUAAGUGUCUGCUCCACAUAAUUAUUCCCCUUCAGUCCAGAUGCUGUUUUUGAGCUGUUAUUGUCUAUUGGGUUCUUAGUUUGCUAUUAAAAUAUACAAGGAUUGCUUAAACAGAGAAUACCUCUAGCUGAUCUGGUCAAACAGCUGUUCCUUUACCUGCUGGACCAGAGUUUUUCUGAAGAGUGUUUUGUAAGUUCCACUUAAUAUAUUAUAUAUAUUAUUUUUUUCUAACACAUUAAUGUUCAGGCUGUGGAAGAAUCUUUCCGUUGUUCUCAGUUCGAGUUUUGGACUGAAUUACUUUACGCCUGGCGUUUUUGACCCUAUAUCUUGUAAAACUAUUCUGCUUUCUCCUAUGUUCUUCUCUAACAGCAGUUACAGGAUGCAUGAAGCUUAUUUUUUAGCUUGUGUCACAACUCAACGCUAUGUAAAUCCUGUACCCUUCCUGGGAUUUUGUAAGGUUUUUCUAUAUCAGAUUGUUUUGCUGAUCUUCGCAAACACUAAGCCCAAAUGGUCUCUUUCUCAAUUACUCUGUUAAAAAUACAAAAGUUUCCAUUUUUACAGGUUGAAGAAAAUUGUGAAGGUGUCUCUUAUUUUUGGUUUUUAUUUUUUGUACCAGCAACAUUUUUUCAGUAGUGGCAGACUUAACCUUUUUUGAAAUGUCCUUUUUAAUUCGUUUGUAUCAAGCCUUCUGAUUCCUCGAAGGAAAGCUGUACAAAACGCCUUUCUUUAGGAGCAAUGACUAGUUCUUCGCAGAGCAGGAAGUUUCGUUCACAGGAGGCGACUUUGAAAGGAUUCUCUUCUGUUACCCAGCUGUAGCUUUGGAGCCUUUGCGGAGAGGUAAAUGGAUUUAUUCCAGAGUCGAGUUAGCCCGGGGCAGGGCCCUAGAUUCCCUCUUCACCUGGGAUUUUAUCGCGUUGACUUCCAUUCAACGUCCUCUUGUACAUUCUGUUUCCCAAGCCACUCCACAGCAUUGUUUAAGAUUGAUAGGCGGUUCAUGCUGCUUUUAACUGACCGCAAGGCUUGAUCAGCAAACAAUUACUUGGGAUUUCUUAUUAACGAUGACUUCAGUUGCCGUUUGAGCAGCACAAGAACGCCCAUCCCGUUGAGCUCCGUGGGUUCCCGGAUGCAGUGUAGGUGAGAGCAAGAUUCAGCAGCGGGGCAAGGGAGAAACCCUUGAUUUUGUUGUCAUUAAAUAGCUCCUGAAAGCAGACGAGCGGGUGGGAGCGGUGCCCCUUGUGCCCCGCUGCUCGGGAAUGGCCGCAGUGCCAGGGAAGGGCUCCGGGUUGCUCAGCCCCUGCUCCCAAUUCCCAGAUUCCGCUGCCACCCCCUUGGGGAGGGUCACUAAAAUCCCAUUAACACUGAGGCGCCCAGCUGGAGGAGGGAAGUUAAUAGGCUGGGAGCUUUGGAGCUGUAGAAACCGGUGCUUUGCUCUGUGUAACUUGUUUGUGAAGCGUUUAUUUUUAUAACAGAUCAUAUUGUUGAGCACAUAGCUUUUAAAAGCCACAGACUGAUCCAGGAGUUUCGGUCUUGGAGAGAUGGGUGCUGGUCUGUCGGGGCGGCGGGAUCCGGAGACACAGCCGGAUGGGUGUUGGAAGGGACGCGGUGCUGCAAAUACAUAAUCUUUAUGAUCAAAAAGAUCGUAUUUUGAUCAAAAAGAUCAAAUUUUCCUUCAACUUUGAGCGCUUUUCUGGAGUGUGGGGCAAGUUUAAAUGCAAGGUCUGUGCAUGAAGCCGGGAAGCAAAGCUCUCUCAUUCGUGCUGUCCAUGGUGACUAUUUUUUCUUAACGUACUGUGAAGAAUAUGAGUUUGGAAAGAUGACAGUGUCCUUCCACGAGCCCAGUGUCCCCCAAACUAAGCAUCCCCUCCUUCCCGGCUCCCCACGGCAGUACAUAACUGGCACCUGAAUGUCUUUUUUCAUUAAACUCUUUAUAUUACCAACUAAAACGUGACUAUUUCGAAGUCUAGGCAAGUUCUCGUCGCGGGCUGGCUCUGUAGCCACCCCCGCUAGCAGGGACCCCGUAAAGCGCCUGCGCCCUUGGGCUGCAGCGACGCGAGCGGUCCCGCCAGCCUGGGCAUGCCGAGCGCGACUGCAAAGCCCC